AUGUAUUACAAAAAAUCAAGUGGGGUACCUUCUUGGUUUCAAGGCUUAGAAGAUCAAUGGGAAGAUCCUAUAGAAGAUGAAAGAGAAGAAUAUCAUAAUCCGCAAGAAAUAUUUGACAAUUAUAUAAGGCGCUCAGAGAAUGAACCACGAGGCGAACAAGCAAACGAAAAAGAAGACAAAGGAGUGGACCUAGAAGAAGAUUACAAUUAUUUCUCCUCGUCUCUGGAAAAUUUAUUGUUUUAA